UCGAAAGUGUCUAAAUGUUGAUCUCAGUUAAUAAAACUACUGAAAAUGGUUCGAGUCGACUGGGAUCGCGUUCUCUCGAUAAAGGCCGAGUCGCUGACGGACGACGAGAUCGAGGACCUUUUCCCCAUGGUCAUAAGAUGUGACAUCGACGAUGUUGAAGAUGUAAACAAUCUUCGAGCUCUUAUGAAACUGGCCCAAGAGAUGCUUCAGCACAAAGAUAACCAAGUCGAAUCGCUACUUCUGGAGUGCGACGAGCUCAAGGAAAAAGUUGCUUCCGCUCAUUCCGCUCCUGUCAAAAGUCAAACAAAACCAGCAGAGCUCGUGUCGCCGGACGAAAUCGAGGUCGAGAGCAGCUCCAAAAAAACUGAAGUCACGAGGACCGAUACGUACAGCGAGACGAUGAGGACGAACGACAAAAUAAAAACGCUCUUGAACGAGCUGGAGGGGAUGGAGGAAGAGAACGACACUUUGAAAAGAAAGCUGGAAAUAUUGAGAGAGGAAAUGGAAGAUGCGACCGAGAGCAUGGACGAGAUGACGGAAGAACUGGAGCAACUCAGGAGCAAAAAUCUAUCCUACAAAGAGGAGAUCGACCACUUGCAGCUGGAGAAUGAAACUCUCAUGACGAAAUUACGAGAGCUCAAUGCUGAGCAAGAGGAGAAGGACAAAAUGAUCGACGAUUUCAGCGUCGUGAUCGAUUCCAGAGUCGGCGAGUGGAAGAACAUAUUAGACGAGAGAGACGCUGAGAUAAAUCGUUUAAAAAAAGAAUUAUCACACGCGUUGGAACAAUCAGUUGGGUCGGUGGCGGAGCAAAACAAGACUGAAAUAGCGCAACUCAAUGAAGAAAUCGUUGAGGGCAAAAGAAUCAUAGUUGAUCUCCAAGAAAAGUUGCUCGAGGCUGCCACCGAGUUGAACGAGAGUGCGGGGCUCAUUGAAAAGUUGAAAAACGAUGCGAAAAGAAUUAACAAAACUGGCAGACGAAAAGAGCAGAGAGACUUGUUGAGGAAAAUUCAAGAAGCCAACGAAAAAAUGGCUACUCUCCAGACCGCCCUCAGGCAAGCGGAGGACGAAUCCGCUCUGAAGAGCCAACAGUUGUGCGAAGUUCUGGUUGAUUUUAAAAAGUACGAGGACCGAGAUCGCGGAUUGGCCGACACGAUAAAGGAGGCGAAAGAACUCAAGGAAAAAUUGACUUCGAAAAACCAACACGUGAAGGAUCUCAUCACGGUUAUCAACAAUUUAGAAAUGUUGAAUUCCUGCAGGGAAAUGCAGAUUUUGGCACUCCGAGAGAAACUCGGGAUGCCAGAGGAUGAGGAGAUUUCGAUUGACGGCAUAGCAUUAAAGAGCCAGGAAGACGCUCGAGUGCGAAACGAACUGAUUAAAAAGAAUGAGGUCUUGGAGCAACAGAAUUUGGAAAUGAAGUCAGACAUAAGAACCUUGCGCUACAAAUUGAGCAAGUUGGAACAAAAAAUAAGCUCGAACGGCGACACGAUUCUCUGCCCCGGCGAAGAGGAUGCGAGCCCGAAAAAAAUGCUCAAGUACCACGGCAUUGCUGACGAAGAAAUAACUUCUUUACGGCAAAGGGCCGAGCUCGACGAAUUGAGAGAAAAUGUAAGAAUCGUCAUCGAUGAGAACGAAGCCCUCAGGAAAGGGAUGCACGAGAUUUUGGACAGCAUCCGAGAUCAAGAUGGUAAAAGCGAAGUCGAAGUCCACUCCGGGACUCUGGAAAGGCUACUCGAGGCUCUGGACGUUCGCCACGUCUCCGGGUGGUAUCAUCCAGCGAUGAGGAUUCAGGAGCGUCUUAAUGUCGUUCAAGGCAGUAAUUCGGAGCUGCGUUCGCAGCUGAAGCAAAUGCGGAAAGAUUUGCAAAAGAAAGACGCGCUGCUUCGCAAGUACGCCAUAAAAGAUCCGUCUCGAGAGAAGCUCAGCGUGGAAGAUUCCGAAAGCGAAGAAAUCACGAUGAGAGAGUUCGAGAAGAUUCAGUCUUCCUUCAAAAAAGAGCUGGCCGAUUGUCAGAGAGAAAGAGAAACUUUGAGCGAGGAGAACCGAGAACUUCGGGAAACGACCGAACAGCUCACCGGGCAGCUGCAAAAGUUGGACGAAGAUUUGAAGACCUUGGAAACCGACGAAGAUGAAAUGAAACGCGCCUUCGCGUCCAAGAGCAGAGAAUGCGCGGAAUCCGCGCUCAGCGUCCUCGCCAUGAAGCGGAAAUGCACGACGCUCGAAAGCCUCUUGAACGUCGAGUCAACCAAGUCGUAUAAAAUUCGCAAAGAAUCGAUAGAGACGGAAAAUGCGUUGAGGAAGUUUCUCACCGACAUGGAAAAGCGCAAUAAAAUGCUGACCAACGAGAUUGCCGCGUUACGAAGUAAUCUGUCGAACUCCGUCAGUCUCAUCGAAUUCAACGAGCUCAAAGACAAGUACGAGGAAAAAUGUAUCCAUCUCCGUACCAGCUACGAAGUGGAGUUGGCUGCAAAGUUCAGUGACGAGAUUUCGGGCGACGCCAUUCGCGAAACGGAGGAACGAGGGAACGCUGCGACUCCUGAAACCUUCGACGAAUCAUCGCCGAAAAAAAGUGCCAAAUGUGAAGCUUCCGUGGAACAAUUGACGACGAUAAACGCAGAGCUCCGACAACAAUUGGUAGAUUUACAGAAACAUUUCUCCGACUUGAUUAGACCUGGACAGGUGACCGGUGACGAGAAAAACGAAAACAACGAGAAACACGAAGAAAAAAUUCGAGCUUUGACCAUCGAGAAUGAAAGUUUGAGGAGAAACUUGGAAAUCUCUCGAGAAGAAAUCGAAAUGCACUCCACGACGAAUUCACUCAAAAUAUUUGAAUUGGACAGCCUCAGACAUCAGAUUCUUGACCUGCACGCUGUAAGCGAGGACAAGGAAACCAUCGCGAGAUUAGGCUUCGAAUUGAAUAUCUGUAGAAACAGCGAAGUCGAACUGAGCAAACGGAAGAUUCAACUCGAAACAGAAAUUCUGCAUCUUCGAGAGGACUUGGAGGGCGUGAACAAGGAGCUCGACGAGACGAAAAUGCAGUUACAGGAUUGUCGAAAAAUUUGUUCGACGCGCUGCAGAUGCUACGAAAACGUGAUUGAUUUUCUGCGAUCUCAAUACGCCGGUUCCACUUCACUGACCGCACUGCAAAGAUUCAACACGAUGUUGAAAAACGUUGUUGCCGAUCGCGUUGAAAUCGAUAGGAAAAUUGCCGAAGCUGAAGAACUGAGAGAAAGUGCGAAACUGCAUCAGGAAUUGUUGACCGAUCGUUUGGCAAUCGUUGAGAGAUUGAGAGACCUUCUUGAAGACCAAAUCGGCAGCAACGAUCUCGAGAGCAUGAUGCAAAGCUUUUCGGAAAACUCUCAAUACACUCUGAAUGACAUUCGUCUCAAACGACGAAUAACUCAGCUGGAGAACGAGUUGAGACUCUCGAACGAGAAGUUGCUGGAAAAUCAGUCAACGAUGCUCGGUAUGGAGCACGAAAUGAUAAACAUCCAGAGUAUUUGGUACAAAAAGCCUGAAACGACUUCGUCGGCUUCCGAGCCUAGAAGCGAGACGAAAGUCGAGCAAAAAACGGUUUCCACGCAGGCGGAAGUGGAGAAUCAAUCGAAGGAAGUUCAGAGUGAACCCUUCGAGUUUGGUAGCAAAAUCGUGGUGCCGAAGUUGCCGGAAGCGUCGCCGCGCCGCGAGAUCCAAGUGACCAGAUCGGAGGACGAUUCGACCGCGGUUCUCCGGGAACAACUGGACCAGGCGCUGAAUCUGGCAUCGAAACGGUCGGCCCUUUUGAUAAAAUACGAAUCACAGAUGGUCGAGUAUCAAGCCAAAGUCGCCGCUCUCGAGGAAGCGGUCGCAAAAAAGAAUUUCCAGCUCCCCAGUCCGGUCGAGCAUCGAACCGAUCGCAAAGAAAUCGAUCAAUCCGGCCCCGAGAGUGGCGACAACGCUGCCCUCAAAUCGACCAUUUCGAGCUUGCAAAAACUGCUCAAUCAGAAGGAAGAGACGAUCGAGCGCUACCAAAAUUUACUGAAGAAUGACCGAGACGAGCACAGCAGUGCGGCUGCGCGAUUCCAACAAGAGAUCAAAGCUCUGCGCGAAGAAAUGUUCACUCUGCAAGAAGAGUCCGAGAGGAAACGAGAACACUUUUUUAGCGUUCCGCUGACAGCGAGAACUCUGGACGACCCGAUCAAAGAGUCGAAAGCUGAUGUCGAAGCUGAAGAAAAAAUGGCGAGAUUGGCCGAGAAAGCCUCGACUCUCGAAGCGGAGUUGAACGUCGCGAAAGAACUCGGCGAACGCUGGCAUCGGCUUGCGGAAGAAAGGCUCCAGCACAUGGAUCACAUGAGAGAAAGGUUGGAAGAACAGCACAAAAACGAAUUGGAAAGUUAUCGAUUAGAAUCACUCAAGUGGCAAACCGAAGCUGACACGCUGCGGAAACAAUUGUCAGACAAUCGUAUGCAGUUAGCCAAAGGAAAUAUUUCUCUCGUGAAAGAGCUGCAGGAACGUGACACUAAAAUCCACGAGUUGAGUGUGGCGUACCAGCAACUGCAGAGCGAGUUCGAGUUAAUGGAAACAAUGACGUUGAGCCAACCGCUAGUCGUGCCUGGAAGCGUUUCGACAAAGGUUCAGGAAAUGGCGCAAACGUUGACUCGGGAUCAGGCGAAUCAUUUUCAAUCUGAGCUCGAUCAACUGAAGCGUCAGAUAAAAUCGCAAAGCGAUAAAGAAAAAAUGUACAAGGAGCAAAUCGCCGACCUCAAGCAGCAAAUAAGUCGUGGCUACAUGGCGAAAAAGACGGAAGAGCGGCGGGUGUCGAACCGGGAAAUGCAAUUAGAGAAAAAGCUGAAAGCUCUGGAAGAAGAACUCUACAAAGCUCGGACGCAACUGGACCGAGAAUAUCGAGUGCAGGAAGCGAAGAGAGUCAAGACCGCUGAGGAAUUAGCUCUUUGGGAGAAACAAAAAAAAUGGCAACAAAUUGCAGAGAGGACGAAGAGAGAGCUCAGAGAAAAAGUAGAGGAGUUUAAAAAACUGACUGGCAAUUACGAGAAACUCAGAGCCGUUGUUUCGUGCAUGGAACGAGAAAAAUGGUACCUUCGAAGUAAAUUGAGAUCGGAGAAUGCUUGCUUCGCCGCUGGCCUCAAUCCUCCUAACGAUGUACACCACAAAAUUGUCGAGAGUCUGCAAAUUGAGUGUCAGACACUUCGCGAUCGGGUUAAGGAACUUACCGAUCGAUUAGAGUCCGAAGAUUCUCGUCAGACCGUCUAUCAACUCGAACAGCAGAGAAGACGAAUCGCUGCACUCGAGGCUGUCGCUGAGGGCAACACAUUUGUCGUCGAUCAACUCGAAAGACUGGAGGCUACCAAAGCGACUUUAGAGAAAUCGAACAUUCGUCUGGAAAGUGAAAAUUUCGAGCUUCGGAUGGAGAUCGAAAAGAGGAACCUCGAUACUCCCCGAUUGAGAGAAAAAGUCGAGCAUUUGGAGAAAUACGUGGAACUGUUGAAGAAUGAAAAAUCCUCGGAAUCGUCACCCCGUUCGACCGACAAACAACCGACGGACACGAGAAAAUCGAUCAUGGAACUAGAAAAAACAGUUUUCAUUUUGAAAAGAGUGGUGGAAAAGCUGCAAGUUGAAAAUAAGAGAUUGAAGGAGUCGAAAAAAGGUCACCAGCAUCAGGUGAAAAUGAGUAGAGAAAUCAAUUUUCCGAAUGAUUCACAUUUGAAAAAACACUACGAACUGGCGAAAAAACGAGUUGUAGCUUUGGAAACGGACCUCCAAUUGGCCGAGCAGAGAAUAUUGAUGCUGGAAAACGUGCGAAAGGAGGAAGACAGCUCCAGUGAGGUCGCAAUUCUGAAACAGCAACUCGCUUACAAAUCCGAGCUUCUCGACAAAGUCAAACAGUUGCUGACCCGAGCAGCCAUCAACGAAAAAGCUCUUCGUCAGAAGAUUCAACAGAUCGAAUUGAAACAAACGUUAGCCACGAUUCCAGAGUGUCCGAUAACCCCUUCGCCGACGAAUUCAUCAUUGAGAGGAAAACCGUCCGUCACUUGAUUCCUGAAAACGCUAAAAUUGAGCAUCGUCUGGUCCGUAUCAUCACACGAAUAAGUUCCUGACUCGAAUCGAGUUAUUUUUCAAUUGCACGAGAUAAAAAUAACUCCGAGCAACGACAAUAAUUAAUUGAUAAAUAUUGAUUUAAGGGGUCGACGAAUAAAGGUCGAAAGUUGAAUUAUUGUUUUCUGACAUGAUUUUUUUCGAAGUAAAUUAGAAGGAAUGCCGAGCGCCUUAUUUUGAACUUUUAUUCAGGUUGAUCGGACAUUUUAAUCCAAAAUUUCAAUGCGUAUACACAAGUAACUAUAUUAUUAUGAAGAAAUUCGCUGUUGAGUAAAUCGAAGAGUCGUGCAAAAGCCGGCUCGUAACGCAGUUACAUGUACGAUUAUAUAUGUGUGCCUGACGGCGUUGUGUGGAAUGCAAAAUGCGUUUAUUUCAAUGCUCGAAGUUUCGAAGCGUUGCGUAUGUGACUAGAUUCAUAGGCCAAGUUUCUAUUUCACACUCGUCUCAAACAUUGCCUAUAUAUUAAAAUGGCGAAUCAAUCGUAA